UCCUUGCCUUGUUAAUACUAAACUAACAAUUGAAUGUUCAUAUUAGUGUUGGUGUAUAGCGGUGUGUUUAAUCGUAAUUUGCAAUUGUUUUUCUACCACUUUCAUUCUCAUUGGGGUUUGUUUCAGAGUUUUGUAGACAUAUGGAAUCCCGAAGGGGAUUAUGUGAAUUGUGUGGUGGAACUUUUAAGCACAGGAAGAGCUUAUACAGACAUAUAGUGAAAUUUCACAUGGAUGUAAAAAGAAAUCAGGGUAAAGAGACGUGUAACAUUUGUCACAGGAAUUUUUGGAAUGUGGCAGCACGAGAUCGCCACUUCAGGACGCACAAUACGUCAUUCGGAAAGGUGUCAUGCACAGAAUGCAAUGAUUUUAAAUGCCGUUUCAUGCGAGACUUAAGAAGCCAUCUAGAAUCUCAGCAUGGAAUUAAGAUUGAAAGAGAAGAAAUGGAGUUUGAUUCCAUGGAACAGUUCCUUCAGUGGAAAGAAAAGAUGGAAGGUGAAAAAAGAGUUUCAUUCAUAAAGCAACGUGGUGGCACACUAAACACGCAGAAGUCUAAAAUUUAUUAUUUAUGCCACCGUUCCGGAAAUUUCAAAACAGUGGGUUUGGGGCAAAGGUUGGCUGGUCCCUCGGUCAAAAUUGGUCGCACAUGUCCUGCCUCUUUGAUAGCGACGAAGAUGCCAUCAGGCAAAGUCAGUGUCCAGUUCUAUGCCACACACACAGGCCACAGCUUCUCUAUGGGUUCUCUGCAUCUCACUCCUGCCGACAGAGCAAUGGUUGCUGACUUAAUUGCAAGUGGUCUAUCAGAUGCUGAAAUUUUAAAGAAAAUAAGAGAUGGUGCACAUGAAAGCAGCUUAAAAAGGGUACACAUGUUAAAAAGGAAAGACAUUUAUAACAUCAAAAAACAAUAUAAAUUGGACACCCCUUUAGAUAAGAAUGUAGCAGUUAAUGUGAAACAGGAGUCAUCGGUUGUCAACACUGAUAACUUGCAAGCUGCAGCACAGGACAGGUGUGAGCUGUUAAAAGAAAUGAUGGCAAGUGUUGAUGAUGAAAAUAUUAGUCAGUAUAUCGAGUCACUGGACAGACUAAUAGAGGAAGCCAGUGUAACUGUUGCAUCACAGGAAGAGGACUCUAUUGGCAGACAAGAAUAUAUUGAUCCUAAACAUGGCCCUGUAAUGGCAAUCAUUUAUAUUUAAUGCUUUUGUUGGAAUGUUAAUAGUACAUGUAUUUGAAAGGAA